AUGUGGGAGGAAUCUUCCGGAACCACUCCCGAUCCUACAGUCAGUAAGUCUUCCAUCUGUCUGCUUUCCUCCGACGGCCUGCGCUGGCUGGCUCGUACGCCCGCGUCCAAAGUGGGAGGCGUCGAGCCUGAGCGAGCGUUCUUUGCUCUGCCAUGGGAGGCUCGAGGGCCGCCUGGCCAGAGGGGCGGGCUGGCUAAGGUCGGACCCCGCUCCCUCUCAACGCGCUCGUCGUUCAUCGAGAUCAUCCCUGCCAUUCCCCUUCCGCUCGCCUGA